AUGGUCAACAGGAAGGCCAGGAGCUCAAUAUCAUUCCGGAAAAGAGUUACUGCAAUUUUAGGGUCAUGGGCAAAGUGCUUCACUCCUCGAUCUGAAAUCAAGGAAGCCCAUGAGAAUCCUCCAAUUGAGCGCCAGGAUGUGUCUGCUAGUCCCAUCUCCAGAAUUUCAUCGACAAGUAGCACAAGCAAUAAUAUACAUAAUAUAUCCAGGCAGAGAGGUGAUAGCAGCCAAACAAAGUCCUGGCAAGAACAGUUCUCGUUUCAGGAAAUUUGCCAGGCUACUUCAAACUUUAGUGAACAAAACAAAAUUGGGUUAGGUAAUUUUGGCACUGUGUAUAAGGCGAAGCUCAGGGAUGGAUCCAUCAUAGCUGUAAAGAGGGCUACUAAGAUGCAUGGUGGGCAUCUAUCUGCAGAGUUCAGAAGUGAGAUCCAGAUGCUGUCAAAGGUCGAGCAUUUGAACUUGGUAAAGUUUCUUGGGUACGUGGAAUACGAGGAUGAACGCCUAAUUCUGGUUGAGUACGUCAGUAAUGGAACACUCCGUCAACACUUGGAUGGGUCAAAAGGGGAACCAUUGGAAUUUGCACAGCGUCUCAACAUCGCUAUUGACAUAGUUCAUGCCAUUGCCUACUUACAUGGUUAUACAGAUGAUCCGAUCAUCCACCGUGAUAUCAAGUCGUCCAACAUUCUCCUAACAGAGCAACUGCGAGCAAAGGUUGCCGAUUUUGGCUUCGCACGCCUAGCCCCUGAAAACCCUGAAGCGACCCACGUGUCAACGCUAGUAAAGGGGACGGCCGGAUACGUGGACCCUGAGUACCUGCGCACAAGCCAGCUCACCGACCGCAGCGACGUCUACUCCUUCGGCGUCCUCCUCGUCGAGUUCAUCACCGGCCGACGCCCUAUCGAGCGUGGCCGCGGGCGCGGGCGACACCAACGCCUGACCACCGAAUGGGCGCUGCGCAAGUGCAGGGAGGGCUUCGCAGUGGUGGUGAUGGACCCCCGGAUGCGGCGGACCAGCGCUGUCGUGGCAGCUGUGGAGAAGGUGAUGGCGCUGGCGGCCGAGUGCACGGCUCCGGAUCGCGCCGCGCGGCCAGAUAUGCGGCGCUGCGCCGAAUUGCUCUGGUCCGUGAGACGCGACUUGCAGCAGGAGCAGCAGCGCGCGGCGGCCGCGAGCGCAGGAGCGAGGCGGCACGAUGGCUCGACGUACGCACCGCCGUCGGUUACGAGACUGAGGCAGGAGAGGUUCGAGAACUUGAGAUGA